AUGGUGGCAAAAAAAGCCAAAGCCAAAGGUAAAAGCCAAAGUGGUAAGCGUCGCGGGCGAAAGGCCUGGGGUGAAGGCAGCAAGCUCGAGUUUCUACUCUCCUUUGAGGAAGAGUAUCUCAAAACGGCUGACCCUGGCGGUGUGUACACCAGAAUGACGGUUCAGUUUUUGGAGAAGUACGGCUACGACCUGCCGUUCGACUCCGAGCCUGAAGAAGGGGAUUCCCCAGUAAUACCCAACCUGGCAGACCUACCAUACGACCAGCGGAUUACAGAACAAGCAAGACGAGAAGCAAUCUACAUGAAAUUACGGCUUAAGAUCGGGAAUUGGAUGUGUCACCGCUUUCAUCGCAAACAAACUGACGAAGACAUGGUGGCCGACCUGCUGGAAACCAUGAGUCAGCUGACAGUAGAGCGACCACGACGACAAACUGCCAUGAACAUCUACUGGGCAGAGAACUACGCGACCAAGAUUCGCAAAGAGUUCCAGCAAUACUGGAAGACGGCUAAGCUGACCGCACCGCCUGAUUCACGCAUGUCAAUGUGUUCCGACUACGUCAGGGCACGAUAUGAAGACGAAAGUGAAGAGUACAGAUGUGCCCUAGAAAAGCGGGCCGAUGCCGAAUACAAACAAGCGAUGGACGAGUACAAUAAUUGA